GUCUCCCCCGCACGCCGGCGGCUGUGGUAUCGUCCAAGGCGGAAGGGGCUCCUGGACAGAACUUGUUCGCUGGCGUAGAGAUGGCUGCGGGCGUCCCCUGCGCGCUAGUCACCAGCUGCUCAUCCACCUUUUCCGCAGACCGGCUAGUACAGCAUAUCCUUGGAACAGAAGAUCUUAUUGUGGAAGUGACUGCCAACGAUGCUGUGAGGUUUUAUCCCUGGACCAUUGAUAAUAAAUACUAUUCAGCAGAUAUCAAUCUAUGUGUGGUACCAAACAAAUUUCUCAUCACUGCAGAGAUUGCAGAGUCUGUUCAAGCAUUUGUGGUUUACUUUGACAGCACACAAAAAUCUGGUCUCGAUAGUGUUUCCUCCUGGCUUCCACUGGCAGAAGCAUGGUUACCUGAGGUGAUGAUCUUGGUUUGCGAUAGAGUGUCUGAAAACGGUGUAAACCGACAGGAGGCUCAAGAGUGGUGUAUCAAACAUGGCUUUGAAUUAGUAGAACUUAGUCCAGAAGAGUUGCCUGAGGAGGAUGAUGACUUCCCAGAAUCUACAGGAGUAAAGCGAAUUGUUCAAGCCUUGAAUGCCAAUGUCUGGUCCAAUGUAGUGAUGAAGAAUGAUAGGAACCAAGGCUUUAACCUUCUCAGCUCUUUGGCUGGAGCAAACCAUAGCACUGGAUCAGCAGAGACCUGCCACUCAGAGCCCCAGUUGCCAGCAGCAGAGAGGACUGAACCCCUCUUGGAUAAUCGAGGUGGUGCAUCUAAUACAACAGACACUCAGGUCGAUAGCAUCGUGGAUCCCACGUUAGACCUGGAUAUUCAAGAACUAGCCAGUCUUACUACAGGCGGAGGAGAUUUGGAGAAUUUUGAAAGACUAUUUUCAAAGUUAAAAGAAAUGAAAGAUAAGGCUGCGACGCUUCCUCACGAGCAAAGAAAGUUGCAUGCAGAAAAGGUGGCCAAAGCUUUCUGGAUGGCAAUUGGGGGAGACAGAGAUGAAAUUGAAGGCCUUUCAUCUGAUGAAGAACACUAAAUUAUUCAUGCUAGGGUUUGACUAACAAAGACCCUAGCUCUCUCUACCUGAGAUACUUCCCUACUCGACCCAGUCAUCUUUUGCUGAACUCCCCAUCGUCAUGUUGGCCACCUGACUUGUUUAUAGGUUCCCAUGAAUUUUAGUUUUUAGUAGGGGGUAAAGCAGAAAUCUCUUCUCCCUCAGAAUAUUGUAAGGGAGUGAGAAUGACAAUAAGGAGUGAGAAAUUCUCAAAUACACUUUUUUGCUCUAGGAACAGGAGUGGAAUGAGGCUCAAAGGCCUGUGUGAUAUGCCCAAGUUAAAGAAGAAGAACCACCAAGCCAUUCCUAGUCAGUCUUUUAAGCAGCAUUCCCCGCGUUCACACUUGAUCACUGCAGAUCGGGAGCUUGUGCCACCUUUCCUGGGUCCUGGAUUUUUUUUCUGUCAAGGAACUUGCUGCUCUGAGGUUUGAUGCUUUUGAUGGGAGGAAAGAUUUAAUUUGUGCUGUAGUAUAGACUAUGUGCCAAAGCCACUGGCCCUCAGGUUAGGCUCUAGCUAAAAAAAAAAAAAAUAAAUAAAAAAAAAAAGCAUCUGGGCAUUUCAUUUGAAAUAUAGUAUCUGAGCUCAUGCUAGAAAGUAUUGAGAAACCAUUGUGAAUUUUGACUGUAAUAAAUGAUUCAAGGGUUUCCCACUCUGGUAGGGAUAAAAUAAACCCUUCUCUACCAAGUUGUGGGUCUGUUGGUAUGUGUGUGUAAGAGGGAGAGAAGCUUAAGGAAUUCCCUCUAUAGGCCACUGAAACGGUAUGAUCAUAUCCUGAGAUUUUUGCAUUAGUGUUACCGUGGAGAAAGUUUUCUUUCUUAGAGUUCGCUACUUGAAAUGGCAGAGCUGUGUUGUCACAACUCUUACCCUCAAAACAAGGCAAGUUUCCUUUUCUCUUUCUGAAAGCCAGAAAUCACUGCCAAAAUAGUAACCCUAAGGAGUGGGUGUGGUGGGAAAGGAUAUGAAAUGUUAGGCAGUGAAUCCCUGAGUACCUUGUGUUACUUCCAGGGCUGGGUGGGUCAGCUCCAGGGGAACUGAUCACCAAGGGGCAAGUUUCCAGAGGAAGAGUGGGAAAUACAGCAAAUGUAAUCCUUAUUUCUGUUUCCGUAGGCACUUCAUAAUGCAUGUCAUGAGCCUUCACCGUGGUAGUCACUGCCAUGGCUUUAAACUGGCUCAGGGCACAUGGCCUGAGAACUGCUGCUGGCCUAGUGUGGGUAGGAACCUCUUAGGUCACCAGCAGAAACAAGUUUCAGACACCUUUGUGCAACACCUUCUAAGCACUGCAGAACCUGACAGAUGGCAGAAUGACUGGAACGCUCCAGGUUCCGGACCAGGGCGACUUCAGGAGGGAAGGUUUCAGUGAUUGGAGCCAUUCCAGGGAACAUUGGAGGCUAUCUUGCUUGAUACUGUUUUUCUUUUUCUUUCCUUUUUCUUUUCACUGUCCUGAAGGUCUUUGAGACUGUAGUUUACCAUCGUUCCAUCAGUGUUUCUUUGAGGUGACCGCAUCAGCCAUUGACUGGGAAUAUAAGGGAAG